AAAAACAUCCUGGGAAAUACUACUCGUGCACGAGAGGCAACAUUAAAGAGGCGGUGUGGGACACGGGAGGCGAGGAGGGACGGAGAGAGUGAGACAGAGCGAGAGGUGGAGUCUCCGCUUUUGUGUGUGUAAAGCGCUCUCGUCCCGCCUCCCCGAGACGCCCCCAGCCACCCCACCCCCCUCGGCCACCCGCCCCUGACUCUCCCCGCUCUCUCACACCGCGCAGUCGGGACCAGAGGGAAGGCAUGGAGACCGAAGGGAGCCAGAGCAGCCUAUCGUCCGCGGACUCCCCCCACGACCCCUGCAAAAUGUUCAUCGGCGGCCUCAGUUGGCAGACGACACAAGAGGGUUUGAAGGAGUACUUUUGUAAGUUCGGAGAGGUGAAGGAGUGUAUGGUGAUGCGAGAUCCGGUUACAAAGCGAUCAAGAGGCUUCGGUUUUGUCACAUACGUAGACCAGGCUGGAGUCGAUAAAGUUUUGGCGCAAACCAGACAUGAACUGGAUUCAAAAACAAUUGACCCAAAGGUGGCGUUCCCUCGCAGAGCUCAACCCAAGCUGGUGACCCGGACAAAGAAGAUCUUUGUUGGGGGCCUGUCUGUGAACACCACCAUCGAGGAUGUGAAGCAGUACUUCGACCAGUUUGGAAAGGUCGAUGACGCCAUGCUCAUGUUCGACAAAACAACCAAUCGGCAUCGAGGUUUUGGUUUUGUGACGUUUGAGAAUGAGGAUGUGGUGGAGAAGGUGUGCGAGAUCCACUUCCACGAGAUCAACAAUAAAAUGGUGGAGUGUAAGAAGGCCCAGCCCAAGGAAGUGAUGUCACCGACUGGUUCAGCGAGGGGGCGAACCCGGGUCAUGCCUUAUGGGAUGGAUGCCUUCAUGUUGGGAAUUGGCAUGCUGGGUUACCCAGGGUUCCAGGCGGCCACCUACGCCAGCCGCGGGUACACGGGCAUUGCCCCCGGGUACACCUACCAGUUCCCCGAAUUCCACUUAGAGAGGACCCCCCUUCUACAGACAUCCCACCCCCCCGAGCUCACAGCCAUUCCACUGACAGCGUACGGACCAAUGGCAGCGGCCGCUGCAGCAGCUGCAGUAGUCAGAGGCGCUGGGCCCUCUCGCGCAGGAUUCCUGGGCACCAGCAGCCCUGGGCCAAUGGCAGACCUGUAUGCAGCAGCCAAUCAGGACUCCGCAGUCAGUAGUUACAUCAGCGCCGCUAGCCCCGCCCCCAGCACCGGAUUCGGGCAUGGCCUUGGGGGUCCCCUCAUUGCCACAGCGUUCACUAAUGGCUAUCACUAAGGAGAGCCAAAUAUGGGAGGGGGAGGAGCCAACUGCUGUAAGCCAAUCAAAUCGCUGCUUAUCUCUUUGGCACAAACCGAUUGGCUGCGGCAGCUGCGGCAGCUUUUCCCUUCUGGACGGAAGAUCCUAUGCCUCACCCCGUUUCCCAUUUCUUGUACUAACGUCACUUCCCAUACUAAUGUCACUUCCUGUUUGACUUUCUUUCUUGUCCUGUCCCUCCUGUAAUUUUUUUUUUUUUUAGUGCAGGCUGCUAUUUCCUGCAGUGAGGCUGUUGUACAGCCUCUUUUUCAUAUGAACAAGAAACAAAACAAAAAAAAUCUUUUAUAAAAGGAUUUUAUUGUUUUUUUUGGGGGGGGCGGGGGGGGGGGGUGUCGGGUUUUUUUUUUCUUGUUUUCUUUUUUUUUUGUUUUGUUUUUUAUCAUUUUUUUGGAUCUCUUAUUUUGGGUUAAGUAUACAUAUGUGUCUGAUAGUAAAACCAUUGUCACAAGGUCACGAAGAGGAGGAGCAGAGAACAUUGCGAUGCGUUUGCGUUUCUCCAGUUACGGAAUCAACUAAUUUGUGCGAUUUGCUGUUUGUGUCACACUGUUGGGUUCUUAAUGAAUUUUCACGCGACAGAAAAUUUGAUUUAAAACCACAAUCUUUGUUUAACAAAAAAAAAAGAUGAAAAAGGAUAAAAGAAAAUGUAUAUUUUGGUAGUUUUUAAACAAAGCGUUUGUAAUAAUAAUAUUAAUAUUAAUCAAGAAGGUAUUUUUCAGUAACUGGUUUUGAACAAUGUUUUAUUUCUUCAUGUAAGAUAUUGUACAUAAGACUUAGCGUUUUGAAUUUUGCUGGACAGAGGGGUGGGAGUUUAUUUAAACUGGAAAUGCCAGCUUUGCAUAAAACACCCUGAAUAUUGACUACCCAGUGUGCACUCGCACAGCUGAGAGACAAAAUGGGGGCAGUGGGGGCUGUUCACUGGAAAGCAGAGUCUUCACUUGCUGUUAUUUUUGUACAGGCGGUAACAAAGUCAGCAAACCCAAACCAGGAGUUGAUCUCACGGUUCUCCGUGCAGUCCUUUACCUGGAAGCGCGAGGUGGGGCUAGUUUGUCCGGCCGGACCGUUUCCCUGGGUUUGCAUGCUUUUCAGAGAACAGCCCCAGGAAGCCUCCAGUGAAGGUGUGCUUGGGUUAUAAUCCCCAAACCCUUCCCCCCUUCCUUUAAAAGGCCAGACCCCACCCUCUCUUUCAGAAGAACUGCCCUUGCUGUUGUGAAGGAAAGGGAGGAGGGUGUUCAUUUGAGAGAUUUGGGCUGGUGAGGUGGUAUUUUCGAUAUCAAAGUGAUGUUGGGUAGGGAGGCGGGGGUGGGGGGGGGUUGGGGUGGCGGGGGACAUGGGGGAUUAGCGCUGGUGCUUCCUUCAGUUUGGGCCAGUGAUGGAUCCCAUUAUGGGAUUCAGGGUGGAGGAGGAGGGAAGCUCUUACCUUAGUACUUUUUUUGGGGGGGUUGGGGUGGGGGUGGGGUUUUGUGUAUGUACAUUAUUCUGCACGUUUCUCUUCUGUUGAUUUUAUUUUGUUGUUUAUGAGUCUUUUUUUUUGUACUGUUCCGUUUACAGUAACGAUCACUGACUAAUGAAGGACAAACCCGCACAGCAGGGGAUUCUGGGAGCUAUCUCUAAACCAGCUGUACCCUUCCUCUUUAACUCUGAGUGCACGUGCGUGCGUACGUACGUACGUGUGUGUCUGUGUGUGUGCGCGCGCAUGUGUAAGGUGGGGUGGGGUGUUUCUACAUGUACCCAUGUGUGCACACGAGCUCAGGGGGCUCAUUCAUGUAUUCUGUUACAUUUGAGCAACUUGGCAGAUGCUCUUAUCCAGGGCAACUUGCACAGCUUGAGUUAUUUUAUUAUAUAUAUAAGUCCAUUUACACAGCUGGAUAUGUACUGAAGCAGGUCAGGUUAAGCACAUCCCUCAAGGGCAUGUUGGCAGUGCCUCACCAGGGAAUUGAACCUGCAACCUCAGACUUAGGAGUCAGUUCCCUAACCCUAACCCCCAACCCUAACAUCCCCCCCCCCCCCAUCGUAUCCUUUGAGGGAAAAAGUUGUGGUUGAUUUAUAUGGAUUUCGGAGGCCAUCGUUGCUGGAACUCCUGUCGGCGGGUUUGGGGUGGGGGCGGGACAGCUGCUGGAAUUAGUGGUACAUGAGGGAUAUGGGGGAAGGCUUUGUGUGAUGCGCAAAUAUACAGGAAGUUCCACACUGCCAUGGACUACCCUUUGUAUGACAUUGUCCGGCCCUUUAAAGGGCCUCCUACCAUCAGAGGUCACCCCUGCUGUACAUGGUCCCCCGCUGUAAAGGGUCCCCCAGGGUACAGGGACCCCCGUUGUAAAGGGUCCCCCAGGGUACAGGGGUCGCUGUUGUAAAGGAUCCCCUGCUGUAAAAAGGGUUCAUUCGCAGACCAUUGUUUUGUCCUCUGAGCUCCUGGCAGAUUCCAGCCAGGCUAACGGCGUGUAGCUCGUCACAGACGUGUCUGUCCCUUUACACUUCCUCACACACACACAAACUGAGCAAUAGCGGGGCUCCUGUGUGCACGAGUCCCGAGCUACUGUAGGAAUAUACACUGUCUUCCACUUCCUCUGAAUAGCGCUGCGUGACACCUUCGUAAGCCCACGUCUAUAACCGCUCGUAAACAAUGAAUGUCCUUGUCAUGGACUCCGUAAGGUCAAAUGCCGGCAUUUGUGUGUAUCGCUAAGUUACGCCACUGGAUGUUCUGAUCUAGUCUGCCGUAGCAACAUCUGUUAUCAUGUGACUGAUGACACAGUCCUUACUAUGACUAUGUCAACUGGCAGGAAUGUUCAUAGAGGUGUAUUUGGUGCUUAUGAAGGUGUUAUGGGCCUCUGGUGAAGGACACUCGAUCAGAAGUGCUGCCGUCGACUUCCGUAAGGAAGCCCCCUGUCUCCCCUGUCUUUUGUGCGUUACUUUUAAAACGUCACCCCUCAUUCCCAGAAACGAAAUACGUUCUCUUGCAUUGACCAGCAAUAAGGGAGCCCCUGUUAAACUACUGCUUGACACAAACACUGUAGCUUUUUAAACCCAGGUGAAAA